CCUGUACCUGUAAAAGUCAUCGAACCUACAAGCCGGCCAUGUAGCUCACGUUAUAGAGCGGGGAUGUACACGACGAACGUGUAGGAAGGGGAGUUAUUUUAUUAGAAGCGGUAGCGAAAGUUGGCUGUAACACUUUUCGGAAUAUUAAUCUGAAAAGUGGCAAGACAAAAUGGGUCAAGGUUCUGUCAAAAAGCCUCCAGUUAAGAUUCCUAAAUCACAGGCUAAGCAAAAUCAAAAUUCUAAACAUGUGCCUUCUGGACAAGCUAAACCUGUUCCAACUGCGACCAUGGUGCCGCCGAAAACCGGGGGACGAGAAAGAGCCAUUAUUUGGGAGGACGAUAACGAUUUGGAUCUUGAGGAUGUGACUUUUGCCGUGCCAAUUGUCAUUUCGGUCGUGAUUUUGUCUGUUUUCCUUUUGAGGAAGUAUUUUCGUUGGUCUGUACCAUGCCCCAGCUCAAAUCGAAUCGAUGGCAAGACGGUCGUCAUCACAGGCGCCAACACCGGUAUAGGCAGAGCAACAGCGACGGAGCUGUCUCGCCGAGGUGGUCGCGUCAUCAUAGCGUGCCGUGAUCGCUGCAAAGGGGAGGCCGUCGCGCUCCAGAUCCGCUCCAAGACCAGGAACCCGGAUGUCUACUGCUACGAGCUGGACCUAGCUAGUUUGAGCUCUAUUAAAGAAUUCGUGAACGAGUUCAAUAACAGGGAGCCCGUGUUACAUGUGCUGAUCAACAAUGCAGCGUACAUGGGGCCCAAAGCCACGACGGUGGAUGGGUACGAGAAAUCAUUGGGUGUCAACUACCUGGGACACUUCUACCUGACCUACUUACUGCAGGACAAGCUCAAACGAGGGGCCCCCAGCAGGAUUAUCAAUCUGAUCUCCGACACUUACAGCAAGGCGACGUUCAACUUUGAAGACCUUGCGCUGACUAAGUACGACAUCAUGACGGCGUACGCGAGGUCAAAACUCGCCAUGGUCAUGUUCACCAUGGAGCUACACCGCCGCUGGUCCGCCGAGAUCGUUCACUCAUAUGGAGUACACCCAGGAUGGGUUUCAAGCGAUCUUCAACGUUCCUGGCCGGGCAUUUCCGGGAACGUCCUUCGCGCUUGCAGCCGAAUCUUGUUCAAGUCCCCGGAAGACGGAUGUCAAACAGUAGUGUUUUGUGCUGUCGCAGAGAAACUACGAGAGUUGUCGGGUAAAUGCUUCGAGAACUGCAAUAUUUUCAAGUUACGCAACUCCGCGAAGGAUCACGAAACGUGCGAGAAGUUGUGGAAUGUGUCCAUGCACCUGUGUGGCCUUGAAAGCGAAAUUCCUGAAACAGCACAUGCGGAAACCAAGCCAGAACCGGAAAAUAAAGUGCAGAAAGUUCAAGUCCAGAAUAUCGGUCCAGUAAAAAUGGAACCGGAAACCAAGAAAGGGAAAUAGGCUCGUGGCUUUGGAAUAUUUUUUUUCCGAUGUAGUUUGUUUAUUAGUUGCAGGCUGAAUAUAAUGGUUUUUACAUAGUUUAGCGUGUGAGCAGAAUAGAAACGUAUUUUUUAACGGAUGACUUUCACAUUAAUAAAACAUUGUUGUCGCACGUUGAAUAAAAGAGGUUAAUGAACGUUUCUGAAACAACGUGUUCAGUUUCUCAAGGUGCUUGGUUUAAACGCUUUGUGGUAAACACGUUAAUGUGCCCUUUAACUUCAAAUAAUGUUUCAAACGUCCAGGCAUUUUGUGCCAUUUUUUUUUGUUUCGUUUCGUUGGUUGUUGAUUACGUGCGUGCGUGCAUGCGUGCGUGCGUGUUUGUGUGUGUGUUAACAGGAUCGUCUUAAUUCUUUUUAUUAUUCUUUGUUAUUUUUUAUGUGUGAGUCUAUCGGAUAUUUCUAAACUGCAAACCACUUGGACGAGUAUGAGAGAACGAAGUUUUUCCAGAUUAAUGCCAUUCAUUCCGUCGGCGCUUGUACUUAAUUUCAGUGAAAUAAAGAAAGUUCGUAUACCAAUGAAAUAUAGAAAAAAAAUUCUUAAAAUAACCACAAUAUGUGUUCAGAAGGAGAAAUUGUUUAAACUAUAAGGGCUAUAUCGGAUUUUUAUUCUUUUUUACUGUUGGGUUAUUUUCGACGCAAGGCACAACGCUACCGUUCGCGACCCCCCCCCCCCCCCCCCAAAAAAAAAAAUGCAUACUGUUGAUUUCAUCGGGAAAUGACACAGGUCAAGUGAGCGGAUUAUUCAAUUAGACAUACAUGAAUUUGUUCAAAAUAUCUUGCAUUUAUGCAUUUUUAUCUUUAAACGCUAUGAUUUAUCAUUUCGAAAGCUAUUUAAAAAAUCAAUCCCACAACUACCAUGGCUUGUGUAUGUACUUAUUCAUUCAUACAAAUAUGUACGUCAUGAGCUAGUAUAAACUUUAUCGCUAACUUAAUAUUGUUGAUGUUGUUUUAAGAAACAAACAUCUUUCUCUUUCUUCAUUGUUUCUGGUUUUAGCUCGCAAACUGAGCCGGUAUACACCAUGUCAAACCCUUCAUGAGAAAUAAUAUUAGUGUGCAGUGUUUAUUGAAGCUAUUUAUUGAACGCCAGUGUUGUGUUAUUUAAUGGUUUGAUGUUUGAUAGAAAUUAGUCUGUGUUCUUCAUAGAAAUUCGUCUUUUUAGAGACGUUUAUGAAUGUGAGCAUGUUUUGUUAGCACUGUUAUUAUAGAUGUAUUUUUAACUUUUCAGAUGUUUGUUAAGUGUUUGAAAAUAAAAGAAUUUAAUUCAA